AUGGCAAUUGACCAAGAUGUUGAAGAACUAUUGAUCAUGGGAGAUUCGGACUUGAUUAUCGGACAAGCUCAGGGUAAAUGGGAAACCCGGGAUGUCAAGCUUAUUCCAUACAAGCAACAUAUGGAGGAUCUUAGUAAAUGGUUCAAGUCAGUCGAGUUCAGGCAAUGGCAUGAAAAGUUUUCGUUUGCAUUAUUGAGAUACCGCACUAUUGUGCGCACAUCAGCCGGAGCAACCCCAUAUCUUUUGGUUUAUGGCACUGAAGUCGUGAUACCCGUAGAAGUUGAAAUCCCUUCUCUUCGGAUUAUUGUUGAAACUGAAAUUGAGGACAAUGAGUGGGUUAAAACCCGUCUAGAAUAG